UUUAUUUAUUUAUUUUUUUUGCAAUUAAAUUUGUUAUUUCUAAGCAUAAGAUAAUAAAAGGAAGGAAAGCUUCUGAUUAAUCAAAUAAUUUAAAUACAUAGUAGAAUUAUAAGUUUUAAAACGCUAAAGACAAAACAUAGGUGGUUUGCUCUCAUUUUUAAGAUGAAUAUUUUUAAUCUCAAGUAAUUUUUUCUCUCUGCUAUUCAGGAUAUUGAUAAUUUGAGGCUUCCUUAUCCUUUUGAGUAGUUGAAUAUCAAAACAAAGAUCAUAGCUACUAUAUGUUUAACAAUAAUAACUACAAGUCUUACUUUAAAACUCCUCAAAAAGCUCAUUUUCAUUAUCUAAGCAAGCUUUCAAAAAGUGAUAUAAAUUAGGAAGAAUAGACAAAUUAAAGACAUUAGCGAAAUGUUUGAUGAAAAAGUAAAUAUUUAGGCAGAAUCUGUAGAUAAUUUAGUCCAUUUGAUGGAUAAAUUUUAAGGCAAAUCUUUGAACUAAAAAUACGAAUAAAUGAAUGCUUUCAAACAGAAUCCUCAAACUUAUUCUGAUGCCAAUUUCGCUUAUAAACCUAGAAACUUUUAGCUGUUAGAAAGAAUUAGAAGAGAAAAUGAAGAGAGAGAAAAGUAAAAUGAUCCAAAUAUAGCAAAUAGGUAUAAUAGAAAUGGGUUCAAUAAAAUGAAUGAUUUUGCCAAUUAUUCAAUGGCAAAUGCAGAUCAGUUUAAUUCAAAUUACAAUUUUAAUGAUGACAUGCAUUCUCAGAGCAUGUAACUUGCUCCCUAAUAGAAAUUCAUCACAGCUGAAGAUGGCCUUCCUUCAACUGUUCAUAAUAGGAAUGGAAUUGAUUUAUUCUCUUCUCCAUAAUUUGGACAGAGUAUUUUCAAAGAAGAUAUUUAGAAGCCAAUAAAUAGAUAGAACUCAGUAUUUUUCUCAUUUGCUGAUGAACCUUAAGCUUUCCAAAACAAUAUCAUGCAAAAGCAAGCAGAGAUAUAUAAUAAAAUUAGCAAUGAUCUAAAAUAGGCAGAUUAAAAAGAGAUGGAGCUAGAAGAUCAUGCUCCUUUAGCUGCAACUACAUAAGAAAAAUAGUCUCAAAUAAUAUAAAAUAAUGUAGAAAGCCAACAAAAAAUUGCAAAUAAGAACGAAACAAUUGAAGAAGAAAAUAACAAUUAAAAUAAUAAAGAGCACAAGAAAAAAAAUGAAGCCUUAAAAAAGGUUAUUAAAAAUAAACUAAUUAGUAAGAAUACUAACAAUAAGUUUAUCAAGCCAACUAAGAGUUCAGUUGCAGAAAAGAAUGAAUAUAGGGCAUAAAAAGACUUCAAAAACGCAAGCAAGAAAAAUUAAAAAUUAUAACUAAGGUAACAAUAAGAAGAAGAAGAUGAUGAAGAUUAUUACGAAGAAGAAGAAGAUUAUGAUGAAGAGUUUAUUAUUUAUAAAAAGGCUAAAAAACUUCAAGCAGUUCCGUUUAAAAAAUAAAAAAAGAUUACUAAAAGAAGCUCUGUGGACGAGGAUUUCUUGGUUAAUCAAAGCAUAUAAAAAUAACGCAAAAGUAACUCAAAUCAUCGUGAUAUGAUAUCUUAAUCAUUAAACCUCUCAUAAUAGCAUAAAUAAUAAAGAAAUUUGUCAAACUAACUAAGCGAGUAAAAUAACUAAUAAUUGUAAAGUAAUUUACUAUCUUAAUAAGCCUAGCAAAGAUAAUCUUCCUCAUAGUCAAUUUAACAAUAAUAGUAAUAACAACAACAAUAACAAAUUGGUUUAUAAACAUAGUAAUAAUAAUAAAUUCCUUAACUGAGUUAAGAAAAUUAAUUCUUGAACUAAACUCAAAAUUAAGUUUAACAAGAGUAAAUAUUAAAAUAAUAAUCAUAAUAAUUAAAACAAUAACCUGUCUUACUGCCAAAAGUAAGCUAACCUUAAGCUGUGAACUAAGUAGAACAGUAAAACAUGGACAACAUCUUACAAUAAGGAAGCAACAAUAAUGAUAGUAGUAGCUUGUGUCUUCCACCUCCUAAAAAUAUGAGCUAAAAAUGGAAUUACUCUUAGAAUUUCUCUUAGAAAAAUUUACCAUUUUUCAAUGUAGAACAAUUUUAGCACUAAAACAUAGAAAUUUCUUAAAAAGUUGGUUUCAAUAUAUUCGAUGAAAAAAAUAACAAAGGAUAUAAAGCAUAUGUAUUCAACAAUUAAAAUUCUUACAUUAUGCCAAUCGAUAAUAGUGAAACAGAAAAUCAAGAAGAAAAAAAGGAAGACAAAAGUGUAGAAGGAGCUAAUAAUGAACAAGAGUCUGUUAAUUAAUGA